AUGUCGUCUGCGCCCAGUGCUUCCUCAUCAUCCGAACUUUUCCUGUCGCAUAAGGCUCCUCUAAACCACUCCUGGAGCUCAGCCAAGUGUUUCCCUGGCGAGCAUGCUACCCCUUCCUCGGAGCAGACAACGUUGAUGGGACCUAAUGAUUUCUUUGGGCUUCAAACUCUCGCUGAUAGUUCAUCAGCUUUCUUCGACAGCGCUGGUAGCUUCUCUGGAUUGCUCUCCUCGACGUCUUGGGACAAUGCUCUCGAUCUUCCAUCACUUAAUCAGCUGGAGACUGUCCACGACUAUGCACGGAGCUGUGCUCCCUCUGAUUUAGAGUCGUCCGAACCAGAUUGCGAAACUUUCGGUGACAAUCUCAUAGCCGGUCGAUCCGAUUCUCGAGACGCAUACUGGCCGUCAAGCGUGCUUCCACAAUUAUUCCAGCAAGGGCUUGCAACAGACGUGCUAGUGUCGUCUUUCGACCCAUUCCACCCGAUGAUGGUCCAACAAUCGCAAAGCGCUUUUAGUGGCCAUAUCUCAAAUGUCUCUGGCUAUCAAGAGUUUGACAGAUUUUCUUCGCUCAAAAAGGUGUUGGACCUGGACGAUUGGAAUUCUUUCGGCCACCACCCUUCCUCGUUCCGUUUGCCUGAUCCCCCAAGUCCCGAGGAGUCUUCUUCCCGCGAGUUAACGCCCUCGUCCGCAUCGUCGAGUACCAUCACAGAUGAUGGUUCGGACUUCACGUCGCAGAAAAUAGGCGCCUGUCGUUGGAAGACUCCUUACGGGAUGUGUAACUACACACUUGACAAUCAUCGUGGUACCAUAGCUCAUCACUUGGUCGAGCACCACCAGUGCAAUCGUAAAAAGGGAUCAAACCUCGUAAAAUGUCAAUGGGAAGGCUGCACAUCAAACCCAGUGCAAAACACUGCCAUGGCUCGACACGUCAAGACACAUCUCGGGUUUUUAAGUAAUAGCUGUCCCAAGUGCAAUGGUAUCUAUUCGAGGAAUUCGAGUCUGAUUCGACACAUGGAAAUCUGUAACGGUUUAACUCGAAGGAAGACGAAGUUUUGUGGGCGGGUUCCGAAGUUUGCUAAAGAGGAAAUUUUAGGGAGCAAAUUGAAGUCAAAACGUUCGAGUUAA